AAGAGAAUAACCCAACCCAUGUUUCACUCUACGACAUUUCUUUCGCGUCUCAUGCGUUUCUGAACAUGCUGCAGGCUACCCGAGCGGAGAUCACUGCACUCCCCGGCGCAUUUUAGACGUUACCCUCACCAUCCACCUAUAACUUAAUCAAUUCGUUCUCGUUUCUAUUUCUUCUUCCCUUCCAAUUUAGAGUUACCAAUUAGACCAUGAUUAACACGCCGAGAAGCGGAUCGGGAUCGACGCAGAGCCCUAGAUCUCCGUCGUCGCAACCAUAUUUAUUGGUUUUGGUCACCGAUCCUGUGAAAUUAGGCAAUGGUGUUCAAGCUUACAUCUCCUAUCGAGUUAUCACCAAGACAAAUUUGCCUGAGUACCAAGGGCCUGAGAAGAUUGUCAUACGCCGUUACAGUGAUUUUGUCUGGUUACGUGAUCGCCUUUUUGAGAAGUUUAAAGGGAUUUUCAUUCCCCCUCUUCCGGAGAAGAGUGCUGUUGAGAAGUUUCGCUUUAGUGCUGAGUUUAUUGAGAUGAGACGUCAAGCACUGGAUAUUUUUGUCAACCGGAUAGCCUCACAUCAUGAGCUGCAGCAAAGUGAGGAUCUUAGAACCUUUUUGCAGGCAGACGAAGAGACGAUGGAAAGAUUAAGGGCCCAAGAGACUGGUAUCUUCAAAAAGAAGCCGGCUGAUUUGAUGCAAAUUUUCAAGGAUGUACAAUCUAAAGUGAGUGAUGUUGUUCUUGGGAAGGAAAAGCCAGUGGAAGAGUCAAAUCCUGAAUAUGAAAAGCUAAAACACUAUGUUUUUGAGCUUGAAAACCACUUGGCUGAAGCCCAGAAACAUGCAUAUCGUCUGGUAAAAAGACACAGAGAGUUAGGGCAGUCUCUGUCAGAUUUUGGUAAAGCAGUCAAGCUUCUAGGUGCUUGUGAAGGAGAUUCUCUUGGAAAGACAUUUUCUGAGCUUGGGGUGAAAUCUGAGACACUAUCAAUAAGGCUGCAGAAGGAGGCCCAUCAGCUCUUGAUGAAUUUUGAAGAACCCUUGAAGGACUACGUUCGGGCAGUGCAAUCCAUUAAGGCAACAAUAGCAGAAAGAGCUAAUGCUUUCAGGCAACAGUGUGAACUGGCUGAAACCAUUAAAUUGAAGGAGAUAAACCUUGACAAGCUCAUGCUGACACGAUCUGAUCGGGUUGGGGAGGCUGAGAUUGAAUACAAGGAAUUGAAGGCUGAGAGCGAGGAGGCAACAAGGCGUUUUGAGACUAUUGUACGCUUAAUGAAUGAAGAGAUUGUACGAUUUCAGGAUCAGAAAACAUUGGAUAUGGGGAUCGCUUUUCAUAAAUUUGCAAAAGGACAGGCACGACUGGCCAACAAUAUCGCCGAUGCCUGGCGAAGUCUCCUUCCAAAACUUGAAGCUUGUUCCACAUAAUCAGUACUCGCUAACCACGGAGCAAAAGUUGUUUGAUUAGUUGGUAGGUUCUUGGGAAAUGGCUGGGGCAGCGCUUGCAUUUUAAAAACUUGACAAUGGGAUUUUAGAUUUUGUUAUUUUGAUGCUGUAUGUAUUGUUGCUAAUUCAUACCUUAGCCUGUACAAAUUUAACUCUUGGGUGUGUAAAAAUAUGCAUUCAUCCUUUUAAGGUGCUAUAUUUAGAAAUUUUCAAAUGUAUUACAGAGUUUUGCUUUAUUAUUUUAGUGAAAUAGAAAGUGGAUCCAGCUUUAUCUA